AACAAACUAAGUAUGUGUCCAUGAUAUUCUUCAUUACAAAAUCAACAUUUUGAAACUCUCUGAUCCUGUGCAUGAUUUUAGUUUCCAGCUCUCACAGUAAUUUUGUUUAUUUCCGUUAGAUGGCAGCAAAUGAGCGAGAGCGGAGGCGCAUUGUAACUCGGCAAAUAAGCUUGGGUUUACACGGCAUCUGUAAAGUGAAAGUAAGGAUUUCUAUUGGGAGAUGCUAAUUAAAAAAAGAACGGGUGCUAACGCUUGCUUUUUCUGCGAACUCUAUGGUGCUGACGUAGCGGUCUCUGACUGCUUCCUGUGUGUUUGGAAAAAAGACCUGGCGGACAAAGCGCGCGAAGAGCGGACAUUUAAAAAGUAAAACAGGAGACGGUUCUGUCGGAAGCCUGCACGCAUUACUGGUGUGUGGUGUUGCACUUCAAAACUAACGCUCUGGAAGACACACUUGGAUGCAGUUUCCUGCCCAGAACGAUUGAAACACCUUGCUGCAGAAUCGCAUGGCGGAUCUGUACCUGUAUUGAGUGUUACGGCAGGUGCGUGUGAAGCUGGCUCCCCUCCACGCUGUUUGUGUUCCGCAGGUGUGAUGGAGGGCCCUGGCUGUCUGCUUGAGCGGUUUGAGAAGAGCCACCGCCUGCUUAUCCAGGCCCUGAUGUCGGGCAGCACCGGUGCCACCCUGGCGCUAAAGGUGUUGCAACGCUUGAGGGGGAGCUUUAACUGGGGGGGCCUGAUGAGCACCCUGACCAGAGAGGAGCCCUGUCUGGAGGGAGAGGCACAAAGCCUGGCAGUGAAGCCUCUGGUCUGCCUGUUUCCUGUCGCAUUCAAAAGGAACCUCCUAGCUUUCCUUCACAGGACCCACGCCACGGUGCCCAGAGAUUGCCUGCUGGAUUUGGUCCGCUCAUUCCAACAGGACCCCAAAUCUGACUCUUGGGUUCAGGCACUGCUCGGGGUCCGAAAUCGGGACCUGGAAUCCGGCGACACUGCUGCUUCGAUCCAGCUGACCAGCGAGUGCCAACAGAGAGUGAAGCUGCUGUCCGAGAAAAUCAGAGCAGGCAGUGGGCCUGGAGGCAGAUGGAUGGGGUAUUUCAAUGCACACUCGGAGAACUACAGAAAGAGAAAGAGCGACACUGUCGGGCUGACCCAGGGCAGCGCCUCGGACUCUGAGGACGGGGGAAGCCAGAGCAAGAAGCAGAAAGUGACCCACGCUGGCGACAUCGCAGUGGAUUGUGGGACGGAGGAGAAGGCUGCGGAGGAAAUCCUCGAUGGGCCUGUCUUGGAUGAAGGGCUGGGUGGCGCAGGGGAUUGUGGGCUGCUUGGAGGACUGAUGGCUUCGGGAGAGAGCGAGAAGCUUCAGCCGAGCCUGGCGUCUGUCUCUGUGGUAUCUGAGGGACAGGGCACCUCCAAGACCGGCAGUGUUGGAGAGCUUCCUGACAGAAUUCGGUCUUACGUUCCGAAGCUCAGGGAGCUACUGGAAUCCGAUGUGGAGAAAUCAGAGCCAGGCUCCAGUGAAGACUUGCAGGUGCUGAAUGAGUGUGAUCCAGCUCAGGUGGAGCUGUUGUGCAGUGUGCUGCGUCUCUCUGAGGUGCCCGAGCAGGUCUUGCCCCAGUUCUGCACCGUGCUGCUGGCACUCUCCCCCGAUCUGAGCUGCAGUACUGCAGCCGAGCUUGCCAGGAGUCUCUUCCUCAGCAAGGUCCUCUCCCUGACGGAGCCUGCCUCCCGAUUCCUCAUGACUGCAGUGACUUCGUUUUGCAGCCGCUACCCCCGGCCCUCCUGCUGCUCUCUGAUUGGACCCAUCCUGCAGGCCCGGUUCGCAGGCAGUGUUCAGAUGGAGCUGGUCUGCAGACUGAUUGAGGACUGCCUGGACCCUGAACAUUACGUGCUGGUGUUUGGACAGGUGCUGUGCGUGCCGUGGAGGGAGGAGGUCCUCUCUGUCAUUCACACACUGCUGGACAGGAAGGUGGCGCUCUCCCCGGACCAGUUUGAGCAGUUUAUUGACAGGCUGAGCCAGCAGGCUGCCCACUUCCGCAAGUCCAUGAAAUUUGCAAAGCUGGUCCUUGCAGUCCUGACCAAGCACCAGAGCAGUGUAACCGUGACGCAUAAAAACACUUUAGCGUGCUCCAUUGCCUUAAACGAGACCUUCCUGAAGAAGUGUUUGGAAGCGGCCCUGAAGCGCAUCGCUGCUGUCUGAUGCCGUUGAGGAGGGUGGGAGUUGCUGCAGCCCUUCAGCAGAGCGGACUGGGGAGCACAGAGACCUCCUGCCAUGUGGAGGCUCUCCAGAGACCUCCUGCCAUGUGGAGGCUCUCCAGAGACCUCCUGCCAUGUGGAGGCUCUCCAGAGAUCUGGGGAGCACAGAGACCUCCUGCUGUGUGGAGGCUCUCCAGAGAUCUGGGGAGCACAGAGACCUCCUGCUGUGUGGAGGCUCUCCAGAGACCUCCUGCCAUGUGGAGGCUCUCCAGAGAUCCAGGGAGCGCAGAGACUACCACUUAAUGAUGUUGGUUUAAGAAUCCACAAGGAAUCUCUUUUGUUAAUGAUGUUAUGUGUUUGUUGAAGAAUCCACAAGGAAUCUCUUUUGUUAAUGAUGUUGUGUGUUUAUUUAAGAAUCCACAAGGAAUCUUGUUUGUUAAUGAUGUUGUGUGUUUGUUGAAGAAUCCACAAGGAAUCUCUUUUGUUAAUGAUGUUGUGUGUUUAUUUAAGAAUCCACAAGGAAUCUUGUUUGUUAAUGAUGUUGUGUGUUUAUUUAAGAAUCCACAAGGAAUCUUGUUUGUUAAUGAUGUUGUGUGUUUGUUGAAGAAUCCACAAGGAAUCUCGUUUGUUAAUGGUGUUGUGUGAUUUGUAUGCUGUUCUGUAAAUGGAGCAUUCUGUAUUAAACUUAUUUUUUUAAACAUUU